AUGGUCGGCGCGCGGAUCGACGGCGGGACGGACGCGAACGCGCUGCGCGUCGCGGACCUGCGCGCGAUCCUGCACGAGUACCAAAUUGCAGUGCCGAGCGGGGCACGCAAGUCGGCGCUUGUCGAGUCGUUUAAUACGUACGUGCGCCCCCAGCUGCCGGCGGCGGCGCAACACGAACAGGUGCGCAAAGCGCAGCGCGUGUCCGACAGCCCGGUCGCGAGUCCCGGGCGCAAGGAGCGCAUCAGCAGACUGCACGGCACACCGAUCAAGGAGCGAAAGGAGCCGAUCCGUGCGACGCCCGAAAUCAAGUUUGGCGACGAGAACCCGUUUCAGUCGGCAUCGCCGCGGGUAGCGCGUCCCAAGGCAGAGGACGAAGACGAGGCGCGCGUGCCGCGCACGCCGAGCGCGCCGCCGGAGCCUGCACUUGCGCCGCCGAGCGAGAAGAGUGCACGCAGCGUGCCCCGGGCCGACGUCGCUACGCCGCCCGCCCGCUCGGUGCGGGCCGAUACCCUGACCAAGACACGCACGCCCGAGCAGGUGCAUGCGCUUGCCGCGCACCCCCCCUCGCCUCCGUCCGAGCCGGCCGUGCGUCCGCUCGGUGCGUCGCUCGUGCACUGGCGUGCGACACUCGUGCGCUGGCUUGUGUGGGCGCUUGCCCUCGCCUGGCUGUACUACUGCCACCAAACGCGUACGCUUGGCUUUUGUGACGAGCACGCGCAGCCCGUGCUUGCGCCGUCGUUUGCGCCGCAGUGCACGCCGUGCCCCGACCAUGCCGUGUGCAGCAACAGGGCGAUCCGCUCGUGCAAGAGUACCGACUAUGUCCUCGAGGCACCCGGCGUUGUGCGUGUCCCCCUGCUGCCGUAUGCGCUGCCAUUGUCGUGGACCGCGCCGCAGUGCGUGCCCGACACGUACAAGCUUGUGCUUGCGGCGGAGCUUGCGGAUGCGAUUGUCGACUACCUCGCGCACUGGCACGGCCAGGUGCAGUGCGGCCGUGCGGCGCCGCAUGCGAAUGCGCCGAGCCAUGCGCUGGGGCGGUACGCCGUGCCCGCGUCGAGUGUGCGUGCGCUGCUGCUCGAGCGUGUCGACGAGGAGGUCGACGCCCCCACCUUUUCGUCGGUGUGGGCGAUGGCGACCGCCGGUCUCGGCGAGCAUGCCUCGUCCGAGUUUGUGCAGAUUUCCACGCCGAGUGGCGUGUGGUUUGCGUCGCAGCGGUCGGCGAUGCCUGUCGCGUGCCGCCUCCGUCUGUACCUCGCCGAUCUCGUGUGGGAGAGCCGCCUGCGCGUCCUCGUGUCGCUCCUCGCCGCGAUGCUUGUCUACUCGGUUCUGCAGCGCGUCCGGCGCACGCGGGUGCGUCGUGCGGAGGACAAGACGUACGUCCACGACGUCUACGCGCGUCUCCAGGAGCAGGCGACGCGUCACGCCCACGGCGACGGCCCCCGCGAGAUGCCCGCCGCGCACCUCCGCGACGUGGUGCUCGCCACGGAGCCGGACCCCCGCGUGCGCCGCCAGCGCUGGGCGCACGUCGCGCGUAUUGUGGAGCAGAACGCGAAUGUGCGCACGCGCCAGGCGCAGUGGCACGGCGAGUGGCAGCGUGUGUGGGAGUGGGUCGGCAUCGUGCCCGGCGCCCCCCCCACACCCCAGCGCGCGCCGUCACCGAGCCGCGCGUCGCCCCCGUCCUCCGCACAUCCUCCGUAG